AUGUCAAAUGCUACACUUUUCAAUGAAUUUAUUCUUCUGGGAUUUUCUGAAUAUCAUGAAUUGGAUGUGGGAUUUUAUAUUCUCCUGCUCCUGAUGUAUCUUCUGUCACUUAUGGGACAUUCCUUAAUAAUCACAGUUGUUUCCAUGGAACCCAGGCUCCAUACUCCUAUGUACUUCUUCCUCCUCAACUUCUCCAUGGCUGAGAUUUGUUCCACAGCAGCAGAGAUACCAAAGAUGCUGGUCAAUAGCUUCUCUGGAAAAAAAACCAUCUGCUUUGCAUGCUGCAUGGCCCAAGGUUUCGUGGUCUUCACCAUGGGAGCUGUGGAGUUCAUCACUCUCACAAUCAUGUCUUUUGACCGCUACAUGGCCAUCUGCAAACCUUUACAUUAUCAGACCAUUAUGACUAGUGGACUCUGUCUCAAUCUGUCUUUGCUGGCUUGGUUGGGUGGGAUUGGAAUAAUAUUUCCUCAGUCAAUAGUUGUGUGGACAUACCCAUAUUGUGAGCGCAAUAUCAUUGAUCAUUUCUUUUGUGACGUUGGUCCAGUUUUACAGUUGGCUUGUGCAGAUACAAGGGUGAUUGAGCUAAUAGGGUUCCUUUAUGGUGCCACUAUAAUGUGGGGUUCCUUUGGGUUUUCAUUGAUUUCAUAUAUGCGCAUUAUAAGCACCAUAGUUCAGAUCCCUUCUGCCUCUGGGCGGUCCAAAGCCUUUGUCACCUGUGCCUCCCACCUCACUGUUGUAACCAUCUUCUAUACAGCAGAUAUGCUUAUGUACUUGAAGCCUUCAACCCAUGGUGACACCCGACUCAAUAAAGCUGUAUCACUUGUGCGCACAAGCUUUAUACCCAUGUUAAACCCUUUCAUCUACACUAUCCGGAACAGUGAUUUCAAGACAGCUGUGUGGAAAGCAGUAACAAAAAAGAUGAGUUUCUAA